GUCACCGCGCGACCUCUUCGGAGUCCUCUUGCCUGUCUACGCGAGAUAUCACAGCAAGUCAUUCCGUACCGGGUGGAGCGAUGCCUCCUAAACGCAAGUCUACCGACGGGGCCGCGGGGUCAUCUAAGAAGGCACGUAGCGCAGUCGACCACGCGCCUGCGGCAGCACUCGCGUCUGCUGUGCUAGCUGGUCGGGACACAUACCCAAUUCCGGAGGACGAUGCGGACGUGCGGGCACUGCUAGUUCAACUGUCCCAGUACGCGAAAUAUCUCGAAGGACAGGUGGACGCGGGUACAAACGCGAGUGGGAGCGGCGGUGUCGUGAGCGUGAGACAGAAGACACAGGAAGAGUUAGAGGACGCCGCAGAGAAGGUCCGGAAGGCCGCACAGAGUGGUAUCAAGAAGCAGAUGAAGUGGAGGCCGUCUUGCAAGUCCAACUCUGCGAAGUGGACGUAUGACGGAAUUUGUCCUGACCCAGCCGUCUUCGGGGUGCUUAUGGGUCUAGACGGCCCACCGAAGUUCAAGCAGAAGAAGUUCACCAAGGACGAGUUCCAGGACCUCAUCGGCCGGUGCGAAGGCAGUGCGAUGUACAAUACGCUCUACAUCACUGGCGACCAUGUCAACGUUCGCUGGUCUGAUACGGGCGAGUUCAAGUUCAGUGGCACGUACGGCAUCUCGUAUUGAAUGCACAAGGGACGAGGCUCGACUUGGGAUCGAGUGUCAUGGCGGAGAAACGCCUACCAUAAUGCUCUAUCAUAUCCUAUCGUCAAUGAACAUACAGUGUAAUAAGCUAGACCUUACCGUACGCACGUAUAUGGUGUACUACUAUUCGGCUUAUCAUAUGUGCAGCACACUUACACGGAGACCUGGACUGGUUGAUCUCAACUAC